UGGUCAAUCUGAUAUUUGGUGUUCGGUGGAUGCACGAUCACAGUUUCGUGCCUGUCGAGGAUUAUCGAUAAAGCGAUGUCUCUCUGAAACUCCUGACUGGUGACUCGCUACCGUUUCGCUACCUCACGACUCUGAAUUCUGUGGAAUACAUACUUGAACUGUGGUUUUCCUAAAAAUCAGAUGUGUAUGUGAUUACUAUUUUCUUAUUGUUUAGACCAAUAAAUAAUAAUAUUCCUAAUGGUUUUCAACAGUGUCGGACAUGUUUUGGUGUCGUACCGCAUCCCAAAGACGGCAGACGACGACUCUCAGAAAACGCGCUGGAAAAAGGAUGAUUUAGGAAACGUGGAUUUUUGGCGGGGAGUGUUCGCAGAAUGUUUAGCUCUUGCUUUAUUCAUCCCUAUAGCCCCUGGGUCCUCGGUGGGAUGGUCUGGGGGCAACACACCAACUAACACUCUUAUAGCUUUAGCAAAUGGACUGGGGAUAGCUACUUUGAUCCAGUGCUUCUCACAUGUCAGCGGGGCUCAGUUUAAUCCGUCCGUGACCAUCCCGCUUGUCAUCUACCGUCAGAUCAGCAUUAGCAGAGGACUGUUCUAUGUGGUGGCGCAAUGCGUAGGCUCUGUAUGUGGAGCCGCUAUCCUCAGGGCUGUCACCCCAGCUGAUAAACAGACCAAUGUCGGAAUGACCUUGAUUAAUUACGAUGAGGGGGUAUCGUUGUGGCAAGCAUUCGGGGUCGAAUUCGUGAUCACCUUCCAUCUUGUUUUUAUGGUCUUUGCUACCAUCGACCCUCGGAGGACAGAUAUACAAGGAUCUUCUGCAGUGGCAAUUGGGUUUACAGUAGCAACGGGACUUCUCUAUGGCAUACCAUAUACCGGGGCGAGUAUGAAUCCAGCAAGAUCUUUCGGCCCAGCUUUAGUUGCAUUUAAUUGGAAGGAUCACUGGGUUUAUUGGGCAUCGCCAGUUCUUGCCGGGAUUUCAGCUGCUUCAGUAUACAAAUUUCUAUUUGCAGAGAAAGCCGCCGUUUUUAAGCUGUGGUCAUGUUGUUGCAGGUCGGAAGGUCGCAAUCGAGGCGGCAGACGACGGAGUUGUGAUCGCGGUCCCGAUCGAACGACAAUCGAAGCGACCAAUGUCUAAAUAAUUGUUAAAUGUCAACAUAUAACGUAGUGGUCUAGUGGUUACGACUCUCGUUUUCGAAUUAGAGGGACGUGAGUUCGAAUCUAUUCCAGCCAUGGCGUGUUUCCCUUCAGCAGGAAAUUAAACCAAUGUAUAACUUAGCCCAGUUACCCAUAUUGUGAUGCACUCGACCCAGGUGAGAUGAAUGGAUACCCGUAGGAUUUAUUCCUUGAACACUUUAUUUAGCGCCUAAAUUAUGACGGUUCAGGUUAUAAAGUAUCAAGCGCAGUAGAGCAUAAUAAUUGCGCUUUGUAAAUGGACCAUUACUAUUAUUAACAUAGGGUAUAUAUAUAUAAUAAGACCGCUUCAGAAAUUAUAUGUAUAUCUAGGGAAAAAAAAGUAGAGGCCUAUAUAAUUAAACUUGUUCAGGAGAGUCCUAACCAGAAAAAAAGGAAAGUGCUAAUCAUAGCAUAUAUAUCGUAGCAAAAGUUUGGGAACACUGUGUUUGCAAUGUGACGACUGUGGAUUUAUUGCCAAUUUCCACAGUGUCACAGUGUUUUUAAACUGUGAGACACUGUUUCUUUUUUUCUGGCAGGGAUAUAUAUACGUCACGUAUACAGACGCACUCUUUUGUGUGUGUUUUCUAUCAGAAAGUCAGGACUGAAAGUUUCUGCACAACAUUAGAGAGAUGCAAUUGGAUACACAUACAGUAGCUUUAUUUUGUGAGUUAUUUUUAACAUGUUCAGAGGGUAACUAUAUAUUUCAGAAUUCAUUGUGUUGUAUAAUAACAUUCAAGGUUGUAAUGUUUUGUAUUUCUAUGGAUUUAUUCAUUGAAUUAUGCAAGUUUAAUAAUAGUUCGUCCAAUAUCCAAAUAAUGUGACGAAGAAUUAGGCCAUCGAGCCAGGAUAAUUGUUUUUAUUUGUCGUUUGCUUUAGUUUCUUUUACAGUUUUUUUGAUCAAACACAGCAGACAAAGUCGGCCUCCGUUAUAAUGAAUUGAUGAAGAUAGAUUAUUGUAUUUAAGUAGGUUGUAGCUUGUGAAAAAUAUCAUAAUAUCAGCGUAUGCAUCAAAGUGAUUUUUUUUUUGGGGGGGGAGGGUUGCUUGACCAAAAUCAUCUUCAUGAUUAAUUCUAAUUUGUUUGCUUGUCAGUUUUUGCUAGUAUAAAACCAGCACACCAUCUUCAUUGCUCUAUCUUCAAAAGUUAAUUCAAAGCCCCUGCCCUGUUCCUAUUCUAUAAAGCAAGAAUAGAAGAAUUCAGUAUGUGCUGUCUUAAUGUCUGGGUUACACCGAAACCGAAUUCUCCCGAAUAAAUUCGGACCGAUUUUGCCCGAAUACGGCCUGAUUCAGAUGGUUUCGGUGGAUUCGAAUGUUCCCGAAUCCCUUUCGAAUUUUCUCGCAUUCGCGGAGGGAGAGCAGAAUACUCCGUAAUCCACCAGAAUACGUGUAAUCGGAUGGAACCCAGCUAAUUCGGGAACAUUCGAAUCCAACGAAACCAUCCAAAUUCGGUUAGAACCAGUCCGAAUUUAUUCGGGAGAAUUCGGAUUGAUGUAUAUAAUCCAGGGGUGGUAUUCUGUAACUCUGUCAUAACUUUUGUCAUAAAUUUUGUUAUUUCUCUCCGAGAUGUGACA